AUUUCAACUGUAUCCAGAUAAUUAUGUGGUUAUAGGGAAGAAGCAUUGCAUAUUACGAUGGAACAAGAUCAAUUCAGUAUGACUUCAACGCCUCUGCUCCACGGUAACCGGACUCACUUUGAAGAUGGGAAUGGUGUCCGUUCUCAUCAAGACAACUGGCUACUACUUUGCGAGAGUGUAAGUCUUGGGAUAAUCAUCAUCACAUCUUUGGUCGCCAAUACGGUUGCUAUAGGAACCAUUCUACGCCUGCGCAGUCUGAGAAACGUUCCUCACCAUCUGCUCGUCUUGAAUCUCAGUGUUGCCGACUUGGGGAUCACACUAACCAGCAUGCCUUUCGCCCUAUAUUCCAUCUUCGACGAUGGGUUACUUUUGCAGAACAAUCCAAUUCUUUGCAAGGUCAACGGUUUCUUCGCAACGCUGUUCACCCUAGCAAACUUCCCGACAGUCCUAGCCAUAGCCAUCGACCGAUUCCUGAUAGUAGUCUACUCAAGCCGUUUCCCUCCGAACCGUUUUCGCAUCUUCAUCAUGAUCGCCUUCUCCUGGAGUUCUGCUUUCCUCAUGGCGUUCAUGCCCGCUGUCGACGUCCUUUCUGAGUAUUCCUACUCGCUCAACACAUGGCACUGCUCUCCACGAUGGGAUCACAAUAUUUUCCGCAUCGUCUGCGCGAUAUCGAUCUUCGGGUUAGCGAUACCGAUGGUUGCCGUCUGCUACGCGGCGAUUGUGUACUUCAUCUGGACCAAACAGAAGCUUCUGAGGUCUUACAGCAAAAGGGAAUACUCGGCCUACAAGGAUCGCAGAAGGAUGUCACGCAGCAAAAGACAGUCCAUGCCUAGCGGCUAUAAUUCGGCGAUGGUCUCGCAGCAGCUGCCGACAUCACCCACGGAUCAAUCUGCCGCUGAUGAUCAGAAGUUCCAAUCGGGAAGCCAACCGGGUUGCCAGCCAGGCUGCCAAACUCUAGACCAAUCACAUGGUCAGAUACAGCUCAACAAGCAGAACAAGAUAAACCUGAGUCAAGACAAAAGGCAGGAACCUCACCAGCAACAGCCAAACGCUCAAGGAGAUGCCAUAGAUAACAAGGUAUCGCUAGAGUCAGAGAAAAUGGAAAUAAUAUACAAUCUGGAACAGAAAUCUUACUGCAAUAAGGCCGGCAGCAUAGAUACGUUGGCAACGACAGCGAUAGCGAACAAGUCCCGUACGCAGUCCGCCGUACCCGAACCAAGCUGGGAGGACUCCGACUUCGUUGGUCAGGAUCGUGAUCAGAAUAGACAGCGAGAAGUGAGACAGAGUCAACUCUCUAUAGACAAGAGGGUAGCCAUUAUGGGCGCCCUCCUCGUCCUCACCACGCUCAUCUGCUGGAUGCCCUACCUGCUUGUCCAUUCCAACUACAUCCGGGUCGGCGAGGGUCAUUGGUUUGGGGUCUUCACCAUGUUGCUAGGAUACACGAAUGCUAUCUGGGAUCCGCUUAUUUAUACUUUCAUCAACAAGCGUGCAAGGAAGGAAUGCAAGAAAUACUUCGGGUACAUCGCACCUUUCUCAAGAAGAAGCAUGAACGGAUCAGUUGUUAAACAAAACUAGAGGGCGCUCUAUAUCUUCACUGGAUAUAAUAUAUCGACUUCAACAUUAAUAUUAAUUUUUUAGGCUUAGAAGUUGUGAAUCCAAUAAAUAGAGAACGAAUAUAAAGAAGAAGUAAAUUGAUUUAAGAACGUGUUAUGACUGUAAAAAGGCACUCGAUAUUUGUUUUCCUUUACUCGAUUACAGCGCCCCAUCGCCCAAAUAAUGAUUGAAACAGGGGCGUCUCUAUGCCACAACAAAGAGCAAAAUCUGGGAUGAGGAGCUUCAGAGACACUUUACUGCUAUACUGUGUGGCACCUAUGCCUACAUGACUUGAUAAGGCAAGAGUGGUGCCAUUUCCGUGUAGGGACCCUAUAUUUUGUAUUUGUCAUUUGUUAUUUGACUGGCAAUAAUAAAUACAUAUAAUUAUCGUA